AUGUAUUCGGAUUAUUGCGACCGCUGCGACCGGCAGUUCAACUCUGAAUCAGCACUGGACCAACACAUCCGGGACUCGCCCAGGCACCACGUCUGUUACGCCUGCGAUGACGACUUCGGAGAUAGGGAUGAUCUCGAACGACACUGCGAAGAUUGCCAUUUCUACUGCAGGGAUUGCGGUCGAUUUUUUGACAGUGCUGAAGACCUCGAACAGCACGACAUAUUACAGCACGACAUGUGCAUCACCUGCGGAAGAUAUUUCAGCUCGGAAUCCAAUCUUAAAAAUCAUCAACUGACGCAUAUGGAGAAAAGCAUUGACUGCCCUGGCUGCGAACGCUACUUCAUAACGUAUUUUGCCAUGCUUCUGCAUUUGGAAACGGGCACUUGCAGCUCCGGUGUCAAUCGAGAGAGGAUUACCGAGCUCGCGUUCGAGUGCCGUCAGUCGCAGUACUAUGCCAGUAGCAAGGACGACUUUGAUUUUGAAUGCCCGGAUUGUGCUGCGCCGUUUUCCUAUAUCAGCGGCCUUUUCCAACAUGUACAAAGCGAAGCAUGUGACGAAGAGCUGGAUAAACAGAGCCCUCUGAGGGUUUUUCUUCGAUUUUUAAGCCGACGUGUAUGA